CUCGACUUCCUUGCGGAGUCUCAGGAGAUGGCACUCCUCCCCGAAGGACUCGCUUCUCCAGGAAAAGGGGAUGACUAAUUAAAGUAAUUGCACCGCUAUCGAUCGAGUCGCGGGAACCGAUAGCGAGCCAGGAAUUAUCAGAUACCCGAAAGAGGGCCAACAUUUCGGGCAGACUCUUAUCGCUUAUCCGUCAGUACCGAUAUCAGUAAACUUUAGUCAUCUCGGGCGAUUUACUGGCGAAAACUCGACGAAGCUCGACGUCCAACGAAGACCCCGGGAGAGAUGAUCGUGUGGUGAGGUCGGAGCCCCAGGAUCAGCGGCACGGUCCUCGCCUUGGAGGACCUCGGGCUAGGAAGCGGGGAAAUCGGAGCGGAGGACCCGCGACCGGGCGAGCAUGAUCGGCAUCGCGCGCCGCAACUGGGCGCUGCGCCUCUCGGUGGUCCUCAACGUCUGCGUGCUGCUCUACGUGUGCGCGCACUUCGGUAGCUCGGGGCCCUGGAUCGAAGAGCAGCCAACCAACUGGGCGGCGCCCCUGGCCGAGGCCUUCGGAGCCUCCGAGGGCAUCAACGGGACCCGGGAGAGCCCGUCGGCGGCCUCGUCGCUCCCCUCCUCGCAAGCCUCCGUGCCGGGGAAGUCCACCAAGGAGGCGAAGGAGGCCAGGCCGGUGCAAGCGACCUCCACCGGGAACGGCUCCAAGGUCGGCGCCACGGUGCCGAACCCCAGGGCCAGGCUCUCUCCGGUGACCCUCGCGGAGGCGCCGAAGGAGAGGCUCGACGCUCACGAGCCGCAGACGGAGAACUUGACCUCGGCCCAGGAGAAACAGCCGCCGCUGAGUCUGAGAGAGGCGGUCGCUUGCAACGACAAGUCCGUGGAGCCGCGCAUGGCCCAGCGAGGGGACUACUGGGUGCUCUACAACUACGUGCCGAUGAGCAUGUCGGUGAGAUGCUGGGAGAGCGUCACGUACACUACGCACGCCGACUACACCUUCCUCGACAACCUCGAGCCGCUUCUGGAGCGGUGGCGAGCCCCGGUCUCGAUCGCCAUCCACGCCCCCGGGACCGAUUUCCAGGCCAGCAUCGACGUAAUCUCCUACCUGAGGACCUGCGGGAACCCCCUGGUCUCUCAGCUGGUCACCUUCCACCUGUACUUCAGUAGCAAGCACGUGCCAAAAUCGGUUCCCUCGACGGAGAAGAUCCUCGCCGAGACGUACAACUGCUCGCGGCCUGCCCCGUGGGUCAACGUGACGACCCCGAAGAUGUACAAGAGCGAGAAGAAGCUCCUCUACCCCGUGAACGUCGGUCGCAACAUCGCCAGGGAGUCGGCCCCCACGAGAUACGUCCUGGCGAGCGACAUCGAGCUCUACCCGAGCCCGGACCUCCCGCCGAAGUUCCUGGAGAUGAUCAGAAGGAGGGACCACCCGGCCUUCUACAGGCCGAAUCCCAAAGUGUUCGUUCUGCCGAUCUUCGAGGUCAACGAGAAGAGCCGGCCACCCCGUAACAAGACGCGGCUGGUACAGAUGCUGAAGGCGGGGACGGCCAUCCCGUUCCACAAGAAGCUCUGCCCCGGAUGCCAUAACGUGCCGCGGGAAAAAGAGUGGCAAGAAGCUCCCGAGACGGAGGGUCUGCACGUCUUCCACGUGGGUAAACGAACCGGGCCCUUCUUCCACUGGGAGCCGAUAUUCAUCGGGACCAACGACGAGCCCCUUUACGACGAGAGGCUCAGCUGGGAGGGCAUGAGCGACAAGAUGAUGCAGGGUUACGCUCUCUGCGUGCUCGACUACGACUUUCUCAUCCUGGACAACGCCUAUCUGGUCCACCGACCCGGAAUAAAGGUCUACAAGAAGGACCCCUACCGAAACAUGCUGACGGCCAAGACGAACGCCCUGAUCAAGAAGAUCAUCGUGCCGGAGCUCAAGAUCCUCUACGGGUCCAGGAAGGGGUGCACGGUGUAGCCCAACGGGAUCCGGGCAAUUCGCGCCUAAUCUCGGUGCCCGGUUCGUCUCUUGCGAGCUCCCUUGCGAAAGCCGCCUUGAUCGCGACCCUCGCGACGACUCCGAAGGACCGACCGGGCACGUCGUCGUCCUCGAUCGCCGAGAGCUGCCGGGAGAUAAUUAAGGUGGUACGAAAGGGGUCCCUAUAUACAUCAAGACGUGAAAAUAUUUAUUCUGGGUGCACCGGAUAAUUAAAAGCCUCGACACGUGAUUAUGCAGGUCCUAACGAAGGUCUUGAAACUCAGGGGAUUUCAUCUUUGUUCAAAAGAAGAAUAUCCCUUUUUUGGUUCAUAUCCGGGGAAGAUACAUUUUUUUUUUAUUCGAAAAACGACAUUUUUAGAGUUUCAAGACCUUCAGUGGGACCACUGUAAUGAAGUGUUAAUGGUUUUAAUUAUUCGGUGCAUCCUGUUUGGAGAAAAGUUAUCCAUUUUCACGCUUUGGUACAUAUGUAGGACGACUCGAUGAUAGUAUCAUCGUCGAAUAUCUUUCGCGAUGACACGGAAGUUGCGCACCAAGUGUCGCGAGAACUUUUGAUAAAGCGAAACGGAUCGUCGUCCGAAAGUUCCUAUUUGCGACGACACGCGACGUAUCAUUCCGGGGAUUAACGAUGCGAGGGCGUUCGUCCAUUUCCUCGGUUUCGUUCCAAGACGUGGGCGGUUCGUUUAACGAGCAAGACUAAUUAGAUUCCAAGUGAGGUCCUAUCGCCGAUUAGUGAUGCUCGACACCGCGUGGCGGCUCAUCGGCCAAGCGAAUUCGGCCGGUGAGAAAAGCGUCGAUAAAAGUUCUCUAAACCUCGCGAAACAGUGAGCAGUUAAAGUGAUAAAAGCCGACGGUCAUUAAGGUGAUAUGAAAGGGCCAUUCCGUAUACAUGAAAACCUGAAAAUACUAAUAAAGUAUAUCCAAACCGGGUGCGCCGAAUAAUUUGAAACUAACACGUGAUUAUGUAGGUCCUAAGGACCAUCUCAAAACUGGCGAAAUUUCAUUUUUCGCCGAAAAAAAGAAAGAAUGUAUUUACGACCCGGAGAAGAGCCAAAGGAAGAGAUUUUUUUUUUUCUUUUCGAAAAAUGAAAUUUCCCGAGUUUCAAGACCUUCUUUAGGACUUCUGUGAUCUUGUCUUAAAGUUUAAAAUUAUCCGGUGCGCUCAGGUUGGCGAAAAGUUUAAUAAACGGUUAAUUUCUCAGAUGCCACUUUCACGUCCCCUUAAGAAGCGCAUCCGUUCGUCGAAAGUGCAAUGGGGGAAGUGCAUCAAAAUGAGACAAUGGUGAGCGAGUGGCCGCACCGGAAAACGUCGAAAGUCAAGUGACGAACUUUAGCAAAAGAGAGAAACCCGUUCCUAAUUCUUUACUACGCCGAAAGAAAAGAAAAAAAAAAAAGAAGAAGAAAAUCUCCCAGCGCUUCGAUUCGGCGCGACGCCACGGAGGAUGCGUUUACGGUGCAUUGUACAGGAACGUAAGUCAGUGAUAUAAUUUUAUUUCAAAGUUAGCCGUAGGGUUCAGCCAGUAACGGAAUGUCGGCCUCUUCCGCGUCGCCCCGGAUCGAGCGAAGGUUAUUUUUAUCGGUGGGUCUGGAGAUAAACCGGAAGCCGUUCCGUUAACACCGCCAGAAUACUUUGCGAACCUUCUAGGCAGAGGAAUAAGUACCCGGCGUUUUGAUAACCUCAGGCUACGUUAAAAACCUCGAUAACAUAUUCCUCGACCUUCCGUUUCCUACUAAGAGUCUGAAAGUCCGAUCCUACCAGGGUCCCGAUUAACGUCGACCGACUGAAACGCGCGUUAUUCCGCGGGGUGAAGUACGCCUCCACUAUCCCGGAGAAGAGUGAACAAUACUUAAGUGUCAUUGAAUUAAAUAACGUUCUCGUGCAAUUAGGACUUCACUCUUAGACACCGUACAGCCUACGUGACCCUACCAGCAAAUUAUAACCGACGUUGCAUCGAGUCGCGGAAAAGUGCAUUUUCCAGUUCAACCAAAAGAGAAGGACGUUGAUAUAGUGUACAUAGAACGUAUACAUAGGGAGCGUAUAUACAAGUUCUGUCGAGAGCGACAAGGCGCGGCGGUGUUUUACACGGAUUAUAUAUAUAUAUAAAAAAUAUAUAUAUAAGUAUAAAUAUAAAUACAUAAAUAGAUGUAAGUCACGCGUACACGUAAGGUGGAGACUCUAAGCUCUCGUUUCCGACCUCUUGCAGUUACUUUUUACCGGGACUGGGCGUGUUGCAUUUAAUGAGUGCCGUUGCGAGAGAUUUGGCACGCGUUAAUUAUUCCAAAAUUUCGAGGAAAUUCCUCAUUACGGAUACGGCGAUCAUUGUCGGGUUUCAUUAUUGCUAGUGCGUGCCACUUGUUGUCACGAGUAUUCAUUAAAUGGAGACGUGCCGGUUUCUGCCUUGUGCGUCCCGCAGGUGCGUGUACAUGAAUGCAUUUUCCUUCGUAUCGUUUGACUACUGAUUAAGUUUAUACUUUCUACGACACUACAGCGGCCGGUUCAGGGCAACUUUCCAGUCAUAGAUAUUACUCUCGAUUUCGUAGGCUAUUUACCAGUGUCCGGUUUCGUUUUGUCACACCUAAGUAAGUUUUGCGUUAGAACUUCUCUACGGUACCUUCGGUACCCACCGACAUUCAAUACCGUACUGUACCAUACCCACUGUACCUAUCGAAGAGCCCGUGCGACUGGUGAUCAGUGACUUUGUACACAAUGCAUUGAUAUUGACAUAACGUGUGCCUUAUUCGCCCUCUUGUCCGUAAAGUUACAUUAGGAGGGUCAUCUUUCCUUUUCCCGUUUCCGUUAAUGCGUACACGACGUGAACGUGCGCAAAUUCACGCGUUAUAUCCCUAUGUACGGAUGUAUUUUCCACGUACGAAAAAAAAUUCAUUUCCCGGAAAACUUCAAUUCUUUGCCGUGUAGACCCUCUGUAAACAAUUGGAAGAUAAAUACAAAAUCCCCCGGGAGCUCCGUAACUAGGUGGAGUUACGAUCAUGCUCGAGCAACGCUUAUGGGUGUGCACGUCGUAAACCGAGGAGGAUAACACAUGCGAGGGUAUUAAAAAACAAUUACGAGUCAUUACUUAAAAUGGGCUAGGGUGGAAGCGUCGCGUUUUUUCAAUAAACCUUGUACAUAGUACGAGUCAAGAUUAGCAUGUACUCGUAGUCACGAGGCAUAGCAUUUUUCACGUAUACAUACACCCUCUGUACUCGUUGUAUACCUACUCGUGUGCGCCAACAAGCAAGGUCCCACUGUAUCGUUCGCGUAUCCGACAUUCAGGCGAAUAAAAAUGAAUUUCAAGA